CUUCGGACCGAUCGGAGGAGGGAGACAGAUUCAUAUUUGAUUAUUUUUACAGAUUCUGUGGAAGUUGGCAAAAUGGCGAAAAAUGAAAUAGCAGCGAUGUUAGACGAGUUGAUGGGACGGAAUAGAAAUGCACAUCCUAAUGAGAAGGUUGCAGAUAUAACUUGGGAAGACAGUUCUGUUUGUAAAUAUUUUCUGGUGGAUUUCUGUCCUCACGAUUUAUUUACCAACACCAAGGUUGAUCUGGGAGUCUGCCCCAGAAUCCAUGACGAGGAGUUAAAGAAGAAGUACGAGGCGGCUAAGGAAGGAAGCAAAAAAAUGGCCGUGCUAGAUGAGUUUAUUAGUUACUGUCAGAAGAUGAUGAACGACCUAUCCUUAAAGAUAAAGCGGAGUAAGGAGAGGUUGUUGCUCACCCAGAUGGAGCAGGCGGCUGCGGCGGGGAUGUCUAAGCAGCAGCAGGAGGAGGUGGAGAUGAAAAUACAGAUCCUGACAGACAAGAUCAACCAUCUGGUUGACCAGGCAGAGAAGGCAGGCUGUCAG